AUGGCGGCGGAGUCGAACUAUGACUAUUUAUUCAAAGUCGUGCUGAUUGGUGACUCGGGCACAGGUAAAUCGAACCUGCUGUCACGAUUCACGCGAAACGAGUUUAGUCUGGACAGUCGCAGCACGAUUGGUGUGGAAUUCGCGACUCGAAGCAUCAACGUCGACGGCAAGACAAUCAAGGCGCAGAUUUGGGAUACAGCAGGUCAGGAGCGCUAUCGUGCUAUUACGUCUGCAUACUACCGUGGUGCAGUAGGUGCGCUUCUCGUAUAUGAUAUUGCAAAGCACUCAACCUACGUGAAUGUGUCGCGUUGGCUCAAAGAACUGCGCGAUCAUGCUGACAGCAACAUUGUUGUCAUGCUUGUUGGCAACAAAAGUGAUCUGAGGCACCUGCGUGCAGUACCAACCGAAGAGGCCAAGGCGUUCGCUGCAGAAAACAACUUGUCGUUUAUCGAGACGUCCGCUUUGGAUGCAUCUAAUGUCGAGCAGGCGUUCCAAAACAUUCUGACGGAAAUUUACCAUAUUGUGUCGAACAAGGCACUUCAGUCUUCGGACGAUGUCAUCAAACCCAGUGGCGGUGAGACCAUUUCUGUGCAGCCAUCGACUGAUGAUGGCGGCCAGACCAAGAAAGGUGGCUGCUGUUAA